UUGGCUUGCAAGGAGGGUUUAGCCUCUGCCCUGUUGAGCUGGGCUGUAGCUUUGGGAUCAGUUCCCCUCUGUUCCCUUCCAGGAGGGAUGUGCUCUCACCCACCUGACUAUGUCCGGGAACCACCUGAGUGACGAGGCUGUCGCCGAGCUGGCCAGGUGCCUCCCGGUUUGUCCAGCUUUGGUCUCGCUGGAUUUGUCUGCAAACCCGGGGAUCACCGUUGUAGGCUUGCGGACGCUUCUGUCAGCCCUGGGGGAGAGGAACCAGGGGCUCUGCUACCUCAGCCUGGCAGGCUGCAGUGUGCGAGGCCCGUUGGACAGCACCACGUGGGCCCGGGUCUCCGCCGACGUGCGUGAGUUGAGACUCUGCAGCCGGCAGCUGAGCAGGAGCGACCAGCGGGGCGUGGGCGAGUCCUGGCGCGGCCCCGCAGGCACCUCGCUGUGCACAGUCACGCAGCACCACAAGCUGUUCUGCAAGAGUGUGUGAUGGGACCUGCUUGGCUCCUCCCUCAGCCAGCCCUGGAACUGCACAGCUAGCGGGACGCACGCGGGAGGCCGAGUGGGCGGCUGGCGGGUAGGAGGAAGAAGCACUGGAACUCAGCCCUGGCCCAUGGGGAGAGGGUGCAGGGACCUGGCUGCUGGCGCUCAUCCUGCCUUCUCCAGGUGCCUGGCGCCUUUGCAAGCUGAGAAGGGAGCUCCUGGUACCAUCUUAUGCAAAGGCAGCAGGACCCUGCACACUGCCGGCUGUGUGCUGGGAUCAGUGGAACUCCCUGCAGAUCAACAGCCUCUGCUGUGUCCAAAGGAGGCAGCGAGGUACCUGGCCUGCACUGCUCCUAGAGUGAUGGUGGGAAUUCCUAGUGCACCGCGCGAGUGAUCACUUCGUCUCCCCCAGCCGCUUUCACGCCGGAGUAACGGAACCCUGGGGGCUGGGUUGUGUUUUUUCCUGGCACAGUCACUGCCCUGGAGCAAGUUCUGAAGGUCACUGCCUGGGGAAACCAGCAUCUAAGACUGACUGAGGCCGAAGGCUCCCCCGCUCCAUUCCUCUGGGAGCCUGCCUCGGGGUGGGGGGGUGUUAAUAUUUUAUGUCCUCUUUAAUAAUCUUUCUGUAAUCCAGUCCUGGGGGAGGUAUUCACACUCACCCCAGGCUGCAGGGGUUCUGGCCCUACCCUUCCACUGGCCCCUCGGGCUAGUUCAGACAUUACAGGUUAUUUAUUGACUGUCCAGUGCUUUCCUGGGAGCACAGGGCCUGCUGCUCACGGCCGGUGGGGCAUUGAUUAACCAUGGUAAAUAAAGUGCUGCAUUCCA